AUGGAGCUGUUGGUUGAUAUGGAGCUGUUGGUUGAUAUGGAGCCGUUGGUUGAUAUGGAGCCGUUGGUUGAUAUGGAGCCGUUGGUUGAUAUGGAGCCGUUGGUUGAUAUGGAGCCGUUGGUUGAUAUGGAGCUGCUAUUUGAAGUGGAGCUGUUGGUUGAUUUGGAGCUGCUGUUUGGCUUCCACUCGGAGCUGUUGCCUGAUAUGGAGCUGUUGAUUGAUAUAGACCUGUUGGUUGAUAUGGAGCUAUUACUUGACGUGGAGCUAUUGCUUGAUAUGCAGCCGUUGGUUGAUAUGGAGCUGCUAUUUGAAGUGGAGCUGUUGGUUGAUUUGGAGCUGCUGUUUGGCUUCCACUCGGAGCUGUUGCCUGAUAUGGAGCUGUUGAUUGAUAUAGACCUGUUGGUUGAUAUAGACCUGUUGGUUGAUAUGGAGCUAUUGCUUGAUGUAGAGCUGUUGGUUGAUAUGCAGCUGUUGGUUGGCUAG